GAAGGAAAAGGAGACGAAGAAGAAGAAGGAAAAGGAGACGAAGAAGAAGAAGGAAAAGAAGAAGAAGAAGAAGAAGAAGAAGAAGAAGAAGGAAAAGAAGAAGAAGAAGAAGAAGAAGGAAAAGAAGAAGAAGAAGAAGAAGGAAAAGAAGAAGAAGAAGAAGAAGGAAAAGAAGAAGAAGAAGAAGGAAAGAAGAAGAAGAAGAAGGAAAAGAAGGAAGGAAAAGAAGAAGAAGGAAAAGAAGAAGAAGAAGAAGAAGAAAAGAAGGAAGGAAAAGAAGAAGAAGAAGAAGAAGAAGGAAAAGAAGAAGAAGAAGAAGAAGAAGGAAAAGAAGAAGAAGGAAAAGAAGAAGAAGAAGAAGAAGGAAAAGAAGAAGAAGAAGAAGAAGGAGAAGAAGAAGAAGGAAAAGAAGAAGAAGAAGAAGAAGGAAAAGAAGAAGAAGAAGAAGAAGGAAAAGAAGAAGAAGAAGAAGAAGAAGAAGAAGAAGAAGAAGAAGAAGAAGAAGAAGAAGAAGAAGAAGAAGAAGAAGAAGAAGAAGAAGAAGAAGAAGAAGAAGAAGAAGAAGAAGAAGAAGAAGAAGAAGAAGAAGAAGAAGAAGAAGAAGAAGAAGAAGAAGAAGAAGAAGAAGAAGAAGAAGAAGAAGAAGAAGAAGAAGAAGAAGAAGAAGAAGAAGAAGAAGAAGAAGAAGAAGAAGAAGAAGAAGAAGAAGAAGAAGAAGAAGAAGAAGAAGAAGAAGAAGAAGAAGAAGAAGAAGAAGAAGAAGAAGAAGAAGAAGAAGAAGAAGAAGAAGAAGAAGAAGAAGAAGAAGAAGAAGAAGAAGAAGAAGAAGAAGAAGAAGAAGAAGAAGAAGAAGAAGAAGAAGAAGAAGAAGAAGAAGAAGAAGAAGAAGAAGAAGAAGAAGAAGAAGAAGAAGAAGAAGAAGAAGAAGAAGAAGAAGAAGAAGAAGAAGAAGAAGAAGAAGAAGAAGAAGAAGAAGAAGAAGAAGAAGAAGAAGAAGAAGAAGAAGAAGAAGAAGAAGAAGAAGAAGAAGAAGAAGAAGAAGAAGAAGAAGAAGAAGAAGAAGAAGAAGAAGAAGAAGAAGAAGAAGAAGAAGAAGAAGAAGAAGAAGAA